AGCUAGCGGUGGCUGCGUACGAGGAAAUGCUCCGCAACGGGCUUGAUCCAAGCGAGGAUAUAAUGAAGGCCGUCGUCGCUUCAUGCACCAGAGAAGGGAGGUGGGAGUUUGCGCUGGCCACGUUCAGGAGAAUGCUGAGUGCUGGCAUGAAGCCCAACAUCAUCGCGUUUAACUCGAUCAUCAACUCCCUUGGGAAGGCUGACGAAGAUGAGCUCGCAUUUAGGAUGUACCAUCUUCUGAUAUCUUCGCGGCUCGAGCCUGAUCAGUACACGUGGAGCGCGUUGCUGUCCGCAUUACAUAGGUCUGGUCGAUGUUGGGACGCCCUAGAUCUUUUUCAUGGAAUUAAAUCCAAGCAUCCGUCGGUCUUAAACAGUCAUCUGUACCACAUCGCUUUGAUGUCCUGUGAAAGGCUCGGCCAGUGGGAGCAUGCUUUGCAAUUGCUGUGGAUGAUGGAAAAACACGGGCUGCAAAUCUCAGCGGUUUCUUACAAUCACGUGAUACGUGCUUGUGAGGUUGCGUGCGAGCCGAAAGUUGCUCUGAAAGUGUACCAGCGUAUGACUCGUGAAAGGUGCUCACCGGAUACAUUCACACAUUUAUCUGUUAUAAGAGCAUGCAUUUGGGGAUCUCUCUGGGACGAAGCAGAGGACAUACUGGAGGAGGUUGAGCCAGAUUCUUCGAUCUACAACACAGUCAUCCAUGGGCUUUGUUUGAGAGGCAAACCCAUAUUAGCCAGGAAGGUGUAUAAGAAAAUGCAGAGCAUUGGGCUGACACCAGAUGGCAAGACGAGGUCCUUCAUGCUGCAGCACAUCACAUCAGUUGUUGAUCAUUUGGAGGCAGUCUGACGCUACAAUCAUUUUCUGAAUAUGGAUGUCCUCAGCUAGAGCCAACGCCUCUCUGCAAGCUAGAGCCUCC